AUGCCUCAAUUCAUUCUGGACGGGCCCCAUCUCCCGCCGCCAGAUCUCUUCCUCUUCCUCAUCCCGGUCUCGCUCCAAUGCCUCUUCUUGCACCCGAUCUUCCCGUCGACACUCUCUCGGUUACUUCGAUUCGCACUCAUGCCGCUAUCGGUCGCCAUGUCGUUUGCAACGCCCUACAAGUAUGCUAUUGAGCCCCGGAAUCAGGCGGUCGGCAUGAACUUCGUCUUCGGCAUCAUGGGCGCGUAUGGGAUCAUGAAGAGCAUCGAGUGGGGCUUCGCGACGGAUCUGCUGCCCUAUACCUGGGUCGGCUUUGACGGAAAGAGUCCGGCUGAGGAGGAAAAAGCGGCGCAGGUCAACGGAAACGCGGGCGGCGUAGACAACGAGCCGCGCGAGAAGAAGAUGCAGAAGCGGAGAAGAACGGAGGAGGCGCAGCGGGAGUAUUUGGCGGGUCUCAGGCGGAAACAGGCUGCGCAGGAUGGACCUAUCGACAUCAUCCGCUCGACGAUGCACCUCUUGAUCGCAAUGCGCGGUCAAGGGUACGACUUCGGCGCCACUACGACGCAGCCCUUCGCGCUCGAUCAUGGCCAGUUCCUCCGCCGACUCCUGCUCGAAAUCGCAUGGAGCCAUCCCCUCCUCGUUCUCUGCGCCGCAAUCCUCCUCGAACCGCCUACAAGCCGCGACGCCUUCAUCUACGCAACCCUCCCCUCGCUCAACGCCCAGCACGCGCACAUGCUCGGCGGCUGCGUGACGGGACUCGCCAUGGGCACAGCUGUUUUCGCCGCCCUCACCCUCGGGUACAGCUGCUGCACCCUCAUAACUUUCGUCGUCACCGCUAUCGUCCGCCUCCUUCCUCUUCCUGAAGCCCUCACUCUUCCCCGCUUCGACCCGAGAGAAUACCCGCCGUUAUUCAUUCUCUCUUCCCCGCCUGAUUCGGUCGCCAAGUUCUGGUCGGUGCAGUGGCACGCCUUCUUCGCUCGACCAUUCCGCUUCCUCGCCUUCAACCCGACGCAGCGCCUGUUUCGACCGCUCGUUGGCAAGCAGCUUGGUCGCGCACUCGGCGUUCUCGCCACGUUCGCCCUGUCUUCCUGGAUACACGAGUUUGGACUCGCAACCUCGACCUCGACUCUUCCUCCUCACUCUCCGCCUCUUCCUUUCCUCGUCAAAUGGGGCGGCUCGGUCUACUUCAUGUCGCAAGGCGUCGGAAUCGUCCUCGAGGGCAUGUACACGGCCCUGACGCGGAGAAAAGUCGGAGGGUACGGAGGCGUGUUGUGGAGCAGCUUGUUCGUCUGUCUGUGCGGAGGAAUGCUGUACAAGAGCUGGAUGACGCAAGGCCUCGUCCGCGAAGUCCCGCCCGUCCGCUACUGGACCUGGCCGCGCUUCGUUCUCCCGCUUGGCUGUCUCCAGCCUCCUCCCCUCUGGAUGAACAGCUAUCCGACGACGUACGGAUACGAGCGAACGCCCUGA